UUGAGGUUAUGUUGUCAAAUAAAAUAGGGCGGUUUUUCUGUAAAAUACUUGAAAAAACGAUAAAAUAAUAUUGGAUUUAUGGUAGAAAUAAAAAAAAAACCUUCUUAAAGAUGUCACAAACGGAAGUCAACAAACUUCAGCAGCAUCUUUCCCUACUAAAAGAAGAAUAUUCGAAGUUGCAGUCAAAAUAUAAGGAUAUAGAGUUUAAAUACAAUGCGAUAGCAGCUUCGAAUGGGGAAUUAAAUGAAAACUCGUUCGCAUCUCGGUUAAUAAAAACUAUAAAUGAGUUGUACAACAAUUCUUUAUACAGCGAUUUAAAAAUUAAACUGAACGAUGAAGUUUUAUAUGCCCAUAAGUUAGUGUUAAGCGCUAGAUCUGAUAAGUGGGAUAACAAUACUAUAGGAAAUGUAGAAGUUUUAAAUUGGUCGGAUUUAGACUCGAAUGUAGCCAAAGCUAUAAUACAAUGGGUCUACACCAGUAGUAUAAAGUUAGUUAGUGAUGAUUUUACUAUGAAGUUGAUAAAAAAAGCCCAUGAGUUUAAUUUAAGGCCGCUUGUUGAAGAUUGUGAACAAUACUUAAUAAGUAUUGUUAGUAUAAGGAAAUGUGUUAAAUUUUAUUCAAUAGCAGAAGAAAUCAAUGCUGUGAACCUUAGAGAAUAUUGUUCAGGGUUGAUUUCCACCCAUUGGGAGGAUUUAAACGCUUCAGAUUUUGAACACAUGGACGGUCCACUGUUGUAUAAAAUGUUAAAAAGUAAAUCCCAACUACCCUUGCACAGUGCAGUAAGAUUACAAAGGGAAGACGUGGUGUUUUUGUGUCUUGUGGAAAAUUCUAGUAAGCUUAGCGAUAUAGUCAACGUUUGGAGUCCUACCGGGGAACUACCCUUAGAUUUGGCCCUAAAGGCCCACAACAACAGUAUAGCAACAACUUUGAUACAACAUAACGCCGACAUAAAUAUUAGGGACAAAAUCGGUGACAGUCUAUUACACAGGGCUAUAAAAAAGGAAGAUUCUUUUUCGGCACUAUUUUUGCUGGAAAACAAUUGCGACGCUACUUUAUCUACAAGAAACGAAAAUGAUUCCGCGCUCCAUCUAGUAGCAGGUGCUACAAACAUUGAGGACAGCGAAAAGAUAACUGAAAAGUUACUAAAUAAAAACGUCAAUGUCAAUGCGCAGAAUCGACAGGGAUUCACUGCACUUCACAUAGCAAUACAAGCUGAUAACAGACCGAUAUUCGAAAUGUUAUUGAACGAAAAAAAUAUCAACGUCAAUCUUAAAAAUAACGACGAACACUGCCCUCUUUAUUACGCCCUUUUAAAGUAUAAUUCAGGGGACACAUCUGACAACUGCUACGCCCUGAAACUUAUACAGGGCGACAAGAAAGACUGUCAAACCAAUCCUUUGUAUAAAGACACCUCAAAUAGUUUACUGCAAAUUUUGAUAGUGAAUGGUUAUCAAAUUUCCGCAACAUUUUUGGCCGAAUUUGUACCAAAUUUGGACCACGUUAACCUAGAAGGUGAAACUGCUUUGCAUUUAUCCUGCAUAAAUAAUUUUUCUGGGGUUGUGGAACAACUUUUAAAUUUAGGUGCCAACCCUAAUUUGUUGUCCAACGAAAAUAGGCAAUCACCUUUACACUACGCUGUCAAAUAUAACGCCAUGGAGUGUAUAUUAAAAUUUAUCGAACACAAUAAGGAUUCCUCAAAAAUAUCGGCAAAUUUCAACGCUAGGGACAUAAACGGUGAUACCCCCAUAAGUUUGUCACUAAACGAGGGAAAUAAUGAGUUGGUACCGCUGCUAAUACAAGGUGGUGCAGAUGUUAACGUACGAAAUGGUAAAGAUUUUAGUUUGUUACAUCAAGCUGUAUUGAAAGAAGAUUCCAAGACUGCUCUAUUUCUACUCGAAAACGGGGUCGAUAUCAAUGCUAUCACAACAGACGGGGAAACACCUCUGCAGUUAGCAAUACACUGUCGUUUACCGGAAGUGGUCGACGCUUUGUGCAAAAAAGGCGUGGACAUGUCGGCACCGGAUAGACUCGGCAACUGCGCGCUCUGGUCAGCCCUGGAUUCCGAUUUGGAGGAAAUCGCGAGCAUCUUGGUGCGUCAUGGUGCAGAUCCGGACUGUUGGGGCUCAGGACCGGACGGUUGUAGGCAAACUCUAUUGCACAGGGCUAUAGAUGAAAAUAAAGAAACGGCCGCGAUUUUUCUGAUUCAUUCCGGGUGCGAUUUGGAUUCCCCCCGCAUGGGGGGGCCCAACGGGGAAGGGGGGGAUGAAGCCAAAGAUAAAGCUUCGCCUCUGCAUCUGUGCUGUCAGUGGGGGCUGGAAACCGUCGUUAGGACUUUAGUCGAACAUAGAGCAAACAUAAACAGCAGGGAUGUUGAUAACAAAACCCCGCUACAUUUCGCAAUAGAAAACCAACACGAUCAAAUCAUAAAUUUGUUGUUAAGUGUACCGGAAAUCGAUUUAACUUUGAGGGAUAAAAGUGGACUUACUCCUUUUGCCGCUGCUUUGACUUAUAGAAACAACAAAGCGGCACAGGCAAUUUUAGAUAAACUACCGUCAGCUGCAGAACAGUUUGAUUCGAAAGGGCACAAUUUUUUACACACAGCAAUUAAAAAAGGCGACAUAGAAAGUGCUUUAUUUUUACUCACUAUAAACGUAGACGUUAACUCUAGGGUGCAAGACUCCAUGUUAACUCCCCCCAUACAUUUGGCCGCCCAGUUCGGCAAUGAAACCCUAGUAAGGAGUUUAAUUUUAGCCGGGGCCAGAGUAAACGAUAGGGACGCCCAAAAGAGGACAGCCCUGCACAUUGCCAGUGAAUCUGGCAACAGCGCCGCGGUAUCGGCGCUGUUGCAAAACAGCGCGGAUUGUGAUGCGAUAGAUGUGGAAAGCAACAAUGCUUUGCAUAUUGCUGUUAGGGAAGGGCAUUUAAGCGUGGUAAGAGCUCUAUUAACUGAAUCCACUAUAGACGCUGAAGCCGUGAAUAUGAAAGGUCGAAAUCCUCUACACGAGCUGUGUAAAUACGGCAAAGAAAAUGCCGCGACAAUAUGCGAAUUAUUUUUUGAAUGCAUGCCCAAUUACCCCAUCAACAGACCUGAUAUAAUGGGAAAUUCCGCCUUACUAUUGGCUUACAUGAAAGGCAACAGCAGUUUAUGUAAGGUUUUAGUCAAAGCUAAUGCCUGUUUGGCUGUAGAGAACCAAGAGAGAGUUACUAUUUUCAACUACCAGGUACCAACAAAACAACUGCUAAACAAGCUGCUAGAUCAGCUGUCAAAACCUGCGGAGUGGUUCAACACUGACGCUUGUCAGGAGUGCGGGAAAAAUUUUUCCAUCACCGUUCGCACCCAUCACUGUAGAUUGUGCGGUAGAGCUUUGUGUAGCAAAUGUUCGGAAAAUUUGGUGCCCAUCAUCAAAUUCGGGGAAAAUAAACCCGUCAGGGUUUGCAAAAUAUGCUUUGACGUGGUGAAAACCGGGGCUUAAGCAUAAGCGAACAAAUAUUGGUUUAACCAAAGUCCUAAUUAUUAUUAUUUUUUUAUUAUCAAGUAUUUCAUAAAAAAUGUAUUAAUAUUUAUACAUUCCCUAUUAUUAUUUUCGCUUUAAUCGAUUUAUUUACACCAUAUAUUAUAUAUAC